UUUAUAGAUAUUGAUGAAUGCAAUGCUUUCCCAUCAUUUUGUUCAGUCAAUGCCGAUUGUGAGAACACCUUAGGCUCUUAUCGCUGUUCCUGCAGACCUGGAUUUCUCGGCAAUGCAACAAACUGUUACCGUAAGGACAUUUGGAUUUUAAGACAGACUAACUCACUUGUCAUUUUCAACGCUUCAAAUUUAUUUCACGAUUUUUGUGGACAUUUUCCCCUAAAAUUUCACAGAUAUCAUGUUCAUAGCCAGGAGUCCAUUACUUAAUAGCACAUUUCAGGAGUAAAUACUUUUUUCUUUUUAAAGUUACUUUGAAUCUCAAAACCGAUGGGAGAAGGGGACGCUCAGGCACUAUACAGACAUUCACUGUACCACGGACCACUCGCUAUCUCAUCAAAGCCUGGGGUGCUCAGGGUGGAACACAUUCAUACGAUUAUGGAUACCUUCCAGGAACAUAUUAUGGUGGAAAGGGAGCGUUUAUAGAAGGCAAGUUCACACUGAAUAAUGGAACAGUGUUAAAUAUUGUGGUGGGACAAAGGGGAGGAGAUUCAGUGGAGGUUCAAGGCGGACAAAGCACUAGCAAAACAGCAGCUCAACUAGGAGUGUCCGUGGAAGACAAUGCUGGCACUGGAGGAGGGGGAGGAAGUUUUGUUUAUACUGCAGAUAAUGUUUUGUUGGUAGCUGCCGGAGGAGGAGGGGGUGCGUCUGGUGGAUAUAAUGGUGUGGAUGGUCAGGCUGGUUCAAAUGGCACCGGAAGUGUGGGGAAAGAAUCCUCACGAGUUAGAAAUGGAGGCAUAGGUGGGCAGCCAGGUGAAUGCAACAGCAAGGGCGGCAACUACCACGGAGGAGUGGGCGCGGGGUGGUUUGGUCAAGGUUGUACCCGAUUAAGCUCCUCCCAUGGGGAAAGAGGUGGAUCACGCGCUGAAGGCUGGAUCGGAGGUCAAGCCGGAGGUAUGAAUAGCGGGAAUAACGGGGGCCCUGCACCAGGAGCAGUUGGUGGGUUUGGUGGUGGAGGAGGUGGAUCAGAGGAUAAUGGUGCAUCAGGUGGAGGUGGUGGUUACUCUGGGGGAGGUAGUGGUACCAGUCAGAAUCAAGCCGGAGGUGGAGGAGGCUCGUACUGUAAUGGCCAAGAUUGUUCCGGUUUGACUGGUGGGAACUCGAAUGAUAAUGGCCUUGUACAAAUUAUAGAAUUGUUUGGCUGA